AUGGCUAACACUGCCUGCUUCAUAAUCGUGGGUCGGAAUGAUAUUCCCAUCUAUGAAGCUGAAGUUGGAUCUGUUGCUAAAAGAGAAGAUGCUGCUCAGUUGCACCAAUUUAUAUUACAUGCUGCGUUAGAUGUCGUCCAAGACCUAGCAUGGACUACAAGUGCCAUGUUCUUGAAGUCAGUCGACAGGUUUAACGAUCUGGUUGUGUCAGUGUAUGUUACUGCAGGCCAUAUCCUUUUUUCUUGA